AUGCCAAAAGCAAAGAAGUCAUACAGAGUAAAUAGAAACAGUCCCAUAGAAGUUUCCAAGGCAAUAAACACCGGCUCAUCUGCCAAACUCAAAAAGAAAAUCAGAGACAUUGAAAGACUUCUAUCCAAGAAUGACAAAUUACCAGCCGACAAGAAAAUCGAGUAUGAAAGAGCACUCAAAGGUCUCAAAGUAGAACUACAGAACUCGCAACAUGUCCUCAAAGCUAAACACAAUGCUACGAAAUACCACAUGGUGCGUUUUUUCGAAAGAAAGAAGGCAAUUAGAAAAUUAAAACAGUUGCGUAAAGCGUUUGAGGAGGUGCAAAAGACUGAAGUACGGAAAGACAUCAAAAAGGCUAGAAAACAGUUGAAGCACGGAGAAAUUGAUUUAAUGUAUGUGAUGCUUUUCCCUAAAUCGGAAAAGUAUAUCUCGUUAUAUCCCAGUGCCACCGAUGAGGAUUUGUCAGAUCCUAAUGUCAAGAUUGGAUUACGCAAGACUGAGGCUAGGAGAUUGGAGUUUAGAAAAGAGGUGGAAAAGAUGAUGGAGGAGGGUAAAGUGCCGUUCACGGUGGAUGAUAUACUCAGUGGUAAGAAGAUUGAUACUCAUGCUGCAGCCAAUGCUAGAGCCACGCCUAGUGAAGAAAUUGAUGCACCAGAAAACAAGGAUGGGGACACUCAAGAAGAAGAUGAUUUCUUUGAAUAG